AUGUCUGUUACUCUACACACCACCCAUGGCGACCUAAAGGUCGAAAUAUUCUGCGAGACUGUCCCUCAGACCGCCGAGAAUUUCCUCGCAUUAUGUGCAUCUGGUGCAUAUGACAACACGCCGUUUCAUCGCUUCAUGCCGGGAUUCAUGAUACAAGGGGGCGACAUCUCGCUCAGUCCCGCAGCCACAUCUGCAAGCCAUCCCAUUCUCCCAUUUGACGAUAUCCCCAAGGGCGGCACAUCGAUAAACCACCCUUCUGCUCUGAACCAAGAAAUUCACGUCCCGGCCCUUCGACAUAAUGCGCGCGGUGUCUUGUCAAUGGCUUCAAGACCAGUGAAAGACCGCACAGCGCCCGGCAUGCAAAACGCCGCUGGGCCCACCGUUAAUGGAAGUCAAUUCUUCAUCACGUUUGCCCCAGCGCCGCAUCUUGAUGGCGAGAGUACGGUUUUCGGGAAAGUGCUGAAUCUGACGGCGCAGGAUGAAGGCGGUGAUAUAUUAGGAAAAUUGGAGCGGGCGAAUGCGAAAGUGGACAAGAAAGGCCGUGUCGUACAGCCUAAAGAAGGUCAAGAAAUUGAAGGAGAAUGGGAGGCUUUGAGGAUAAAUUCAGUCACGAUACACGCCAAUCCAUUUGCGAAGUGA